AUGGCACCAUUUGCAUCAAUCAAGAAGCCUCCCGUGGAUCCUAUGAAUAUAUUGAAGCGUCGAGCAGACGGUGAUACUCAUCCUGACAAGGUAGACCUCGGCGUUGGCAUCUAUCGCAACGAACAAGGCGGAUAUUAUGAGUUCCCGGCGAUCAAGAAGGCAAAGCAAAUCUUGACGGAAAAGAACCUGGGCCAUGAUUAUAUUCCCACGACCGGCAUACCGUCGUUUAUUCCUCUGGCGAAGAAGUUCAUGUUCGGGGAGUCUUUUGACAUUGAGCGGGUCGCAUCUGUCCAAACAGUAGCCGGCACCGGUGCAAAUAGAAUCGGGGCAGCCUUCCUGAGUGCGCACUAUGCAACUGACUCUACCAAGGCUUAUAUUGGGACACCGGCUUGGGGGAACUACAUCCCCUUGUUCACUCAUGCCGGCAUCCCCUGUGCAACAUACAAAUACCACGACAUCAAAGCCCGAGGAGUGGAUUUCGCGAGCGUCCUCCAAGCAGCAACCCAAGCACCCCCAGGUUCUAUCUUCGUGCUGCAAGGCUGCUGCAACAACCCCAGCGGCUCGGAUAUGACAAAAGAACAAUGGACCGCCCUGGCACAGGUCAUCAAAGAGAGAGGCCAUUUCGCGUUCUUCGACGUGGCAUACCAGGGUCUCGGCACGACAGCACCAGAUGGCGGCCUCGACGACAUCUGGGCCAUGCGACAUUUUGUCUCCCAGGGAAUCAACAUGUCCGUUUGCCAAUCAUUCUCCAAGAACAUGGGACUAUAUUCCGAGAGAGUGGGCGUCCUGCACAUUGUAUGCGAGGACGCAGCCAUCGCCAGCCGCGUACAGGACGUCCUUCGAUCCAUCGUCAGAUGGGAGUUCUCAUCCGCCCCAUCAUAUGGAGCCAGACUUGCCGAGACGAUCCUCGAAAACCCAGAACUAAAAGCGCAAUGGGUGAAGGAAGUGGCGGCCGCCUCGUCCCGUCUCGUGGCUAAUCGUCAGAAACUCCAUCGCGAGCUCACGGUUGUCCUGAAGACUCCCGGGCACUGGGACUUUCUUCUCCGGGACAAGGGGCUGUUUUCUCUUCUUGGUCUCUCCGAGGAGCAGGUGGAGAUGCUGAUCUCACAGCAUCAUAUUUAUUUACCGGCGAAUGGCCGCAUUAACGUUGCUGGACUGAACGAUUCGAAUAUUCAGACUGUUGCUCGGGCCAUUGACAGCGUCAUUCGGAAAGAUUUAUAA